UCGGCUUGGCUAGUUUGUUAUUCGCAACGAUGCUGUCUCUAACCGUGGUUGUGUUGGGGUUCGUGAUUAAAGGACUAUGUCUAAAGGAUUUGCAUUUUCCGCCUGACUUCAUGUUUGGGGCUGCGUCCUCGUCCUACCAGAUCGAAGGCGCUUGGAAUGUAUCAGACAAAGCUGAAGGCAUUUGGGAUCGUUUCACUCGAGUACACAAGGACAGAAUCUUGGACGGCAGUAAUGGCGAUGUGGCCUGCGACUCCUAUCACCUCUGGGAGAGAGACAUUGAAAUGGCAGCAGAAUUGGGUCUUCAUUUUUACAGGUUCUCUAUUUCCUGGUCACGUCUCCUACCGAACGGAUUCUCGAAUUACAUCAGCGAAGAUGGAAAGAAAUAUUACAAUAAUCUCAUAGAUGGGUUGCUGGAGAGAGGAAUUAAGCCUUUUGUCUCUCUGUAUCAUCAAGACAUGCCGCAGAAGCUACAGGAUUUAGGAGGUUGGGCUAAUCCUUAUUCGAGCGAUUGGUUCGCCGAAUACGCACGGAUCGCGUUCAAGCUCUAUGGAGAUCGAGUUAAGACUUGGAUUACCGUGAACGAGCCGUUUAUAAUCUGCGAAGCUGCGUACGGCAUGGGCUUCACCGCGCCAGGAGUUAUCGACCCGGAAGUAGGAGUGUUCCUUUGCAAUAAGCAUACCUUACUGGCGCACGCUAAGGCGUACCGGAUUUAUGAUGCUGAAUUUCGGCAUAUGUAUAACGGUGAACUAUCCGUCUCCAAUCAACCAUUCUGGUAUUUUCCAUAUUCCGAAGAAGAUGCCAAUAUUACGGAACUUUUGCUGGAAUAUACUAACGGUCGUUACACGCAUCCAAUUUACUCAAAAGAAGGUGGCUUUCCACCAGGAAUUCUUCAAGUUUUGAAAGAGAGCAGCGAAAAACAAGGGUAUCAGAGAUCGAACUUGCCGCAGUUAACAAAAAACGAGAUUGAACUAAUUAAAGGCACCUAUGAUUUCUUCGCAGUUAAUUACUACACCAGUAGACUAGUACGGAAAGCUGAGCCCGGUGAGAAUUUAGGUCCUUGGCCUAUGCAAGAUGCACCAGUUUUGAAUGCCAAGCUGAUUAUGGACCCAAAGUGGAAACUUGGUGAAUCUUAUUGGUUUGCGGUGUAUCCCGAAGGCUUAAGACGUCAGCUGCAAUGGCUAUCGAAUAAAUAUGGUGCAUUAAAAUUCAUUGUCACGGAAAAUGGAUAUCCCGAUAAACCAGGAUUCCAUGAUAUAAAUAGGAUAAUGUACUACAAACAACACUUGGAACAGAUACUACUCGCUAUUAAAGAGGAUGGAAUCAACGUGACCGGUUACACUGCGUGGACAAUGAUGGAUAACUUUGAAUGGUCGGAGGGAUAUCAGGCAAAAUUCGGUCUUUACGACGUGGAUUUUUCUUCUCCAAAACGAACGCGGACGCCAAAAGCAUCAGCUCACUACUACUCGAGCAUCAUCAGGGCACAUUCACUUGACGUUCCUAUACCGAGUAAGGCUGCCUUCAAAUCGUCCGUUUCGCCAGUCAAUAACAUGCAAACGGUACUUAUUCUAUUAAGUUGCUUCAUUCUAAGUAGAUCUUUUAAUUCAUUAAGCGUUAUUUAAGUAAAUGCUUCGUCUUUUAUAUUAUUGUGAAUUCUGGUCUUCAUGUGAAUGUGAUGUUUUGCUUUUAUAUGUUUAAUCAAUAACGUAGUUAAGGAAAUGCUGAUUUAGAACUUUAGAAAACAUCACGUGUGACGUCAUUUAGCGUUAGAACAUCAGUCACAGAUCAUACAAAAUGAUAAACCAUAUUUAACGUAAUUCGAUGAAACAGGUGCUUAGUUUGACGUGAUCAAAUUUAUGAUUAGCUUAUUGAGUUAUGUGAGUCUAUUGUGUUAUUAAAAAUCUGUCUGUCUGUCUGAA